CGGUCAUACUUGCAGCCUGCGGCAUUUGUAAAUAUAGUUAAAAACCCAAAUAACUAUUUAAAUAUUUGUUCUAGACAAUAAUAAGUCACUUAAUUUAAUUAACACAAUGCUGCGAAUGCUCCAGAAGAGAACCAGCCUCAUAAAGCUAUUGGUACCCGGCCCCCGGCUUCAUCAAACUAUUGCGCAAACGGCGAUAAAGGAAAUCCCAGUGAUUAAACCCAUAAGUAUUCCAAAGAGCGACAAAAUCGUGGGAAGAUGGUUCCUCGGAGUCAGCGGCAUGGUCUUUGUGGCCGUUGGUCUGGGCGGCGUAACCAGAUUGACAGAGUCCGGACUUUCUAUGGUCACCUGGAAGCUGACGGGUGAACGGCUGCCCAGAACGCAGGAGGAAUGGGUAAAGGAGUUCACACUGUACCAGCAGUAUCCGGAGUACAAGUUAAAGAAUGUUAACAUGACAGUGGAGGAGUUCAAGUUCAUAUUCAUGAUGGAGUACAUGCACCGAAUGUGGGGACGUGCCAUUGGCGGCUUCUUCCUACUGCCCGCCGCUUACUUCUGGAGGAAGGGAUACUUCAGUGCCAAGACCAAGAAGAGCGUCCUGCUGCUGGGCACCCUGAUCGGUCUGCAGGGUCUGAUGGGCUGGUACAUGGUCAAGUCGGGACUGGAGGACCGCUUCCAGGAUCCCAACGAUGUGCCGCGGGUAUCCCAGUACAGAUUGGCCUCGCACCUGGCAGCUGCCUUCAUCCUGUACUCACUCUCCCUGUCGCGAGCCCUGUCCCUGCUGAUUCCCACGAAUACGUUCGUGAUUCAAGCCAAGAAAGCAUUUAAUAUCAAGGGCCUAACGCACCUCACUAAGGCCAUGGUCCUGCUGACUGCCGUUUCGGGGGCUUUUGUGGCCGGACUAGACGCCGGGUUGGUGUACAACUCCUUCCCCAAGAUGGGCGACAGUUGGAUCCCCGACGACAUGUGGAAGUUUGAGCCGAUUCAGAAGAACAUAACCGAGAAUCCCACGACAGUGCAGUUCAAUCACCGAAUCCUGGGCAUCAGCACAGUGACCCUAACCACAGCUCUGUGGCUGGUGACCAGGAGGAUGAAGCUGCCGAAGCGGGCCAACUGGGCCAUCAACGCCGUGGUGGCCAUGGCCUGGACACAGGCCACUCUGGGCGUGACCACCUUGCUUAACUACGUGCCCGUUCCUCUGGCGACUGCCCAUCAAUCCGGGUCGCUGAUACUCCUUAGUUUUGCAUUGUGGCUAUCCCACGAGGUUCGACUGCUGAAGUAUCUGCCAAAGUAAAGGGGCAAAUAAAUAAUCGUUUGUUGAAACUAA